CUGGCACGGGGCACACAGGGCAUCUCCCCUUCAACAGGGCAGGACAAGGCUGAGCAUUGAGAUCAAAGUGCCCUGUCCCCUCUGUCACUUACCCCAGUGGUAGAAGCCAGAUCCAAAACAAAGGGAGACUGCUACAUAAAAGGAGGCAGACAGAGGAGCUGGAGGCUUCAGAGAGAAGGGGGAGAGCAGAGGUAGGAGGAGGGCAGUGCUGGCUCUGCCACUCCAGGGGGAUACCAGCUCUGACUGUGCCAACUGCGCCAGCACCCAGAUUCAGGUCAUGGACACGGACGACCCCCUGUUACAAGACGCGUGGCUUGAGGAGGAGGAGGACGAAGCCAUCGUUAGAUCGCCGAUGCACAGUAGCUGCCAAUGGACCUCCAAGCCUUUAAAGGACUCCAUGCCCACCUGUAACUUUUGGAACAUUGUUGGCUGGAUAUUCACCAACCCUUAUUGCGCCGCGUUCUUACUGGCCUCGGGCUGCGUGGUUCCCGUAGCCUUGUCGGUUAUUAUGUUUGUUUGUUACCCCACCCUCGAUAUCGAUAUUUCUUACAAUGCGUUUGAAAUCCGGAACCACGAAUCCUCCCAGCGUUUCGACUCCCUCGCGCUCGCCCUGAAAUCCCAAUUCGGCUCCUGGGGCAGGAACAGGCGGGACGUGGCGGACUUUACGUCGGAAACUCUGCAGAGGCUGAUCUCAGAGCAGCUACAAACGCUUCACGUAAAUACCUCUCAACGGGACAUUGACGUCAGGGUGAAACGCGGCCUGGUUCCUCCAGACAUCCCAGCAAGAACUGACCUCACGGACACGGGGUCUUCAAACCCUGUGAGAUCUGCGCUUAACCAAUCCCGCCGCGCACGGCACUUACCCGGCGGGUUUGUCACGGCGAACACUCAAAGCCACGCCCACUGGCGGAUCGAGCUUAUAUUCCUCGCGAGAGGGGACAACGACAACAAUAUAUUUACGAAAGAACGUCUGAUGACCAUUCACGGGAUCGAAAGGAAGAUCAUGGAUCAUCCCCGCUUCCGAGAGUUUUGUUGGAAGCCUCGUGAAGUUCUGAAGGACCUUCCUCUCGGAUCAUACGCGUACUGCUCUCCUCCGAGCUCUCUGCUGACGUAUUUCUUCCCCACGGAAAGAGGAGGAAAGAUAUACUACGAUGGCAUGGGGCAAGACUUGGCCGACGUUCACGGUUCACUGAAGCUGGCGAUGACCCAUCCAGAGUUUUACUGGUACGUGGAUGAGGGUCUCACUACGGAAAAUCUGAAAAGUUCUCUCCUCCGGAGCGAGAUUUUAUUCGGGGCUCCUCUGCCCAAUUAUUAUUCCGUGGAAGACCGGUGGGAGGAACAGCACAGAAAGUUUCAGAACUUUGUCACGUCCUACAUUAGUGUCUUGUCGAAAGAGUCCACAAGUAAAGUGCAGGUGCUUUACGGCGGGACCGAUCUCUUUGACUACGAAGUGAGGACCACCUUCAACAAUGACAUGAUGUUAGCGCUUAUUAGCAGCAGUUGUAUAGCUGUGUUGGUCUACGUCCUUACUUCCUGGUCAGCUUUCCUGUCCUUUUUCGGGAUCGCCAGCAUCGGCCUGAGCUGUCUCGUGGCUCUUUUCUUAUACCACGUGGCCUUUGGUAUUCAGUAUCUUGGCAUCCUCAAUGGGGUGGCUGCCUUUGUUAUUGUAGGAAUUGGAGUCGAUGAUGUUUUUGUGUUUAUAAACACGUAUCGGCAGGCCGAUCACAUCAAAGACCCUCAACUCCGUAUGAUCCACACCGUUCAAACCGCGGGGAAAGCCACGUUCUUUACCUCUUUAACCACAGCUUCCGCUUACGCCGCCAACAUCUUUUCUCAGAUUCCCGCAGUCCAUGACUUCGGCCUGUUCAUGUCUCUGAUCGUCUCGUGCUGUUGGGUGGCUGUUUUGUUCAUUAUGCCAGCGGCUCUGGGAAUUUGGGCUGCCUACAUAUCUCCAUUGGAAAGCAUGUGCCAUGCCAAUUGUAGUGAAAAGUGUCUGAAGACGAACAGUCUGGACGUAUAUGAGGACCUUCCUCCAGACACGUCGCCCAGGCCCGUCCAUGGUGACAUUCAUUACCUGGACGAUGACAUCCCUCUUUUGACCGUAGAAGAUGACCCUGGGUCGCUUGACCUGGGUGACGUGCCUCUGGUUUCCGUGCUGCCAGACACAGUGGACCAAAAGACGGAGGCAGACAGAAGAGAUCCGGUGAUUAGGUGGCUACAAGCCAUUCUGCACCAUUGUGUCCUGUGGACAACUACCAAAGGUCGGCAUAUCACUGUAGGUUUUUUCGUGGCGGUCCUUGUUCUCUCCAUAGCCUUCGCAGCUCAUCUUCGUCCUGCCAGUCGAGCCCCUGUUUUGUUCCGGCCAGAUACCAACAUACAGCUCCUUCUGGACCUCAAAUACAACCUAAGUGCGGAGGGAAUAUCUUGUGUGACAUGCUCAGGCCUGUUCCAGGAGAAGCCCCGCAGCCUUCAAAACAACAUCCGCACCUCUUCCGAGAAGAAGAAGAGAGGCUCCCUGUCCCAGUGGAACUCGAGAGGCUCCAGCGAGGCCGGACACCAGGAUCUGCAAAGAACUGUGUAUAUCACAAAGUGUAAAUGGGCAGGACGCCUAACGGUCUACAGAUUGUCCUUUAAUGCCACCGCUCCGUCACCCUGGCAGCCGGCCCUCCCCGGAGAGGAUGAAGUUACCUCGUUUCAGGUGUAUAAGGUUCCUUACGGUAACUUCACCAGGAAGCUGACAGCUUGUGUGUCCACCAUAGGGCUGCCCACUGAGACGUGUCCAAGGAAGUGGAUGAUCACGUCGUCAACCUGCGACACUCGAAGAGGCUGGAAACUUGACUUUAGCUUCUAUGUUGCGGAUAAAGAGCAGACCUACUCAAGGAAGCUGUAUUUUGCUUUAUUGCAUAAAAAUCUCUCGCACGGGAGAGUUUGUGCAUCGCUGCCCGGCUGCCUCCCGGGUUCUGGACCUGAUGGGCCAAAUAAAGGGGUUUUCUAUGUCCCCAUUGAAAAAGGGACUCCGAAGAAGCCGUCCCCAACAUUAGGCUUUAACCCUUGUUUAAACACGGCCUGUGGGAAGCCAGCCGUCCGUCCUCUCGUGGACACCGGCGCCAUGGUGUUUGUUGUUUUCGGAAUACAAGGAAUAAACCGGACAAGGGGUCCGGACAAUCACGUCCUCGGGGAGCUGGGCAGGGUCAUCUACGACGACAAAUUCGAUCUCUUUAAAGAGAUUGGCAACCUGUGCCGGCUGUGUAAAGUGAUCGGGAAUAACAGAGAGCUGGUGAAAGCCGGCGGCGCCCAGUGCCUCCCAUCAGGUUAUAGUAUAUCCUCCUUUCUUCAGAUGUUACAUCCCGAGUGUACGAACAUCCCGGAGCCCAAUCUGCUCCCGGGUCAGCUGUCCCACGGCGCCGUCGGAGUGAAGGAGGGGAAGGUCCAGUGGAUCUCCAUGGCUUUUGAAUCGACGACCUACAAGGGCAAAUCUUCCUUCCAGACAUACAAAGACUACUUAAAAUGGGAGUCAUUUCUACAACAGCAGCUGCUGCUUCUCCCUGCGGAUUCCGCUUUGAAGCGUGGAUUUCAGACCUGCGAGCACUGGAAGCAAAUAUUCAUGGAAAUCAUAGGGGUGCAGAGCGCUUUGUACGGACUUAUUCUGUCUCUGGUUAUCUGCGUGGCCGCUGUCGCCAUCUUCACCACUCAUAUUCUUCUCCUGCUACCCGUCCUGCUUACUAUACUAGGGGUGGUCUGCUUGGUGGUCACCAUUAUGUACUGGCUGGGAUGGGAAAUGGGCGCCGUGGAAGCAAUAUCCCUGUCUAUCCUGGUGGGAUCAUCGGUGGAUUACUGCGUUCACUUGGUGGAAGGAUAUCUCCUGGCGGGGGAAAGUCUCCCUCCGCACCUCAAAGACGAUCCGGUCGCCUGCCGGCAGUGGAGGGCAUCAGAGGCCGUCCGCCACGUCGGAGUCGCCAUCGUGUCCAGCGCCAUAACCACCAUCAUCGCCACCAUCCCGCUCUUCUUCUGCAUAAUCGCCCCUUUCGCCAAGUUUGGGAAGAUCGUGGCUCUGAACACCUGCAUCUCCAUACUCUACACCCUGACGGUGAGCACGGCACUGCUUAGCGUCAUGGCGCCCGGCGCCUUCGUCAGGAGCAGGACUUCUUUCCUCAAAGCAGCGCUGGCCGUGGUCUGCUGCGCCGCCGGAGGCUUUGGUGUUUACAUCACGCUGCUCAGGAGCGGUUUGAGCGUCGCUUUCCUUAGCGGCUCCCCCCCGUAGAGCAAAAACACCUUUUUUUUCUAUACAGUUUUUGGUAAACAUUCGAUUUUUUUGCGAAGGGCAGAUAUUGGACAGAAUCACCGCGCCGCGCGUUCCUCUCAACGCAGAUGCACUUUAUUCGUUUUUCACUGAUGCAUAUGACAGCAAAAGGGUGCAAGAAAGUGGUGUUCCAACGCAUCACGGGGCGCGCCCAAUCGGAACGCUUUAUCCUUUUCUAUCGUCGCAUCGCACUUGGUCGCAGCACAGCUGAAGUUGCCUUAAACAGCAUCCGAGGUCAAAAAAAAAA